AUGCUCUUUCAGCAGCUUCAGAAACGAAACAUUGACCCCAUCUUCAUCAAAGCUGCCAUCUGUAAUUUUGCCGACAGCAUCAUAAACAUCAGUAGCAUCUCCUCUGCUCCUCCAGAGACACAGCAGCAUCUCCUCUGCUCCUCCAAUCACAGCAGCAUCUCCUCUGCUCCUCCAAUCACAGUAGCAUCUCUUCUGCUCCUCCAAUCACAGCAGCAUCUCCUCUGCUCCUCCAAUCACAGCAGCAUCUCCUCUGCUCCUCCAAUCACAGCAGCAUCUCCUCUGCUCCUCCAAUCACAGUAG